GAGCAGCACGCGUGCUGCAUGCAACGUCUAUAGAGCAGAGCUGCCGACGGCCCGUUGCCUGCCGCGUCGGCUCGGAGAUAGCAGCAGGCGAGCAGUGUCGCAAAACACGCGGUGGCGCGCGAGACCGCUAACGCGAAACCUUUGCCAUUUUACCAUAUGCUUCCGGAUCAGUGGUCAAUUGAUUUUGAAAUUGUUCGUACGCGGCGCCACGCAAGCAGUUCCGCCCCAUAUAAGCUGGACGAAUGUUAACUAUCUUCGGAAAUAGAUCCUGUAUGUUCCAGUAAGGCGCGCUGAAGAGAAUGUGCAGCGUCAACGAGUGAGUCCCUGUUGUUGGAUUACCCGGAAAGCGCUCGCUAUAAGGCAAGGUACGUGCCAGCUGCGCUAACGAGUGGUCACUGAAGUAGUGCGGGCGCGACGAAGAAGGGGACGGAAACGGUCAUGUCGGGGUUUCUGCAUUCCGACUGGUGCGAAGUGUACCUAUGCAGUACGCCCCUUCAGCAGGGGGCCUCCGUGAAUGGCGCUGUCGACGCCCUCUCACUGUUUGCCUCGUCGUCGCGGUCGGUGUGCGGCAACUCCUGGGAGAAGCACUGGCUGCUCGUGUUUGACUACGGCGAAGAGGAGCUGCUCAUCUGCGAUGCUGACAUGGACCAUUUGGGAGAGCUCACGGGUCGGACCUCUUGGAAAAAGAGGGCCGCGCUACAAAACUACGAACACAAGAAGUACCUUGCAAAGCGGCGCAUUCCAAGAGCACGCAUUGAGCAGUACAUGAGGAAGAUGUGCGACUCCGGCCGAUACCAUCUAACGGACAACAACUGCCAGAAGUGGGCCCAAGACCUUCUGCGUGAACUAGACAUAGCGCUUCCUGCUGACGAACUGGAUGCCCGCACUGUCGUCAACAGCUACAUACAGCCAGCGGCCCUUGCUGGUGCUGUGGUCUUGGGCGCCGGCCUUCUAGGCCAAACUCCCAGAGGAAAAGACAGAAAGAACCAAGCAUGGUUCCAUGGCAACGGUUUUGUUGAUGCACGAGGGGGAAGCGCCAUCCAGUUUGUCUGCUAGGCGCUCGACGAACCAACGACUUUCUCUGAGGCACCAGCGGAAACCAACACCACUUGUAUUUAUUUUUUCAGAUUGUUUUACACUUUUAGAUUUGUUUUCGACACCCUUCGGCUUCUAAUUUUCUUUUCUUACUCGCAACGCAUAUGUGUGAAAACUUGUCUUUUUCUGUUCAGGAUGCUCGAGCCAGCAUGCCAUGUCGCGCGCCUAUUUUGUUUCGGUAAAACAAAAGUAGGCAAGAAAUGUGGUUUAUUCCCUGUUUUUAUUAGUCACCUAUGGAACAGCAAACCAUCGAACACACAACACAAUAGCGUAGAGCUGAGUGCCUCAUUGGCCCGUACAGAUGGCCCCUUUCUAUAAUGUGAUCAUACAUCUUUCGGCUGCCUACAAUUACUGAUCAUUCCUCAGAUUUGCUAAAUGGUGUGAAACAUGGCAAAUGAAUAUUAACUUCCGUAAGACUGUCGUUAUGUCCUUCUCUAAUAAAGCUAACCCGUUCCUUUUCAGCUACGGAUUUAAUGAUAAUUUAAUUCAAUGGGUUUCUGAAUAUAAAUAUCUUGGUCUCACGCUCACCACUAACCUGUCCUGGUCAAAGCACAUUGAUUCCAUUACGACUAAAGCUCUACAAAAACUCGGUUAUUUACGUCGUACUCUGUCUAAUUCUCCGCGCGACACUAAAUUACUGUUAUAUAAAACUAUUGUUCGCCCUAUACUUGAGUAUGGUAGUAUCGUUUGGAAUCCCUACAAGCAGUACGAAAUAGACAGAGUUGAGGCCAUACAAAGGAAAGCGAUCAGAUUUGUCUACCGACGUUAUGACCACCAGUUCUCGCCAUCGUCAGUCAUGUCUUCACUCAACCUGACAUCUCUCGCCGAACAGCGACACGUUCAUUCCUUAAAAUUUUUUCAUGGCAUUAUUCACUCAUCUUGUCGCCUCUCCAGUAAUGAAUAUAUCACCUUUGCAAAAAUCUCUUCUAGUAGGAGACAUCACGCGCUUAACAUUACACCAUUUUUUGCACGCACUAAUACUUUUAAGUAUAGCUUUUUCCCUAAAACAAUUGAAGCCUGGAAUUCGCUACCAGGAACCAACUGUUCUCUCCCAUUAAAUGAAUUCUUGUCUGUACUCCCUCAACACUGCGCCUAAACUUUCUUUGUUGCCUAUUGUAUUUCUUUCAUGUAUUGUAUUAUCCACUCCUGCUAUAGCCCCAGCAGGGGCUGCAGUAUGUGUAAAUAAAUAAAUAAAAUAGACAGAAACUUG